CCCUUUACUGGACCAACCAGAUCUUUCCAGGACCGUGUACUGAGCUGGACUUCAUCGUAAAACAAACGUUUGGUCGGUACUUUUGCUAGCAGUCUCGAUUGAGUUUAAUUCAAAGUGAAAGCGCAGUGGAUAUGCGCGCGAUGCGGCCAUCGGUGAUUUUUACGCGCGGAUUAUUAUAUCAUCAUCGAGUUUAUGAAGACGGAUUUUCUGCCGCAAUAAUUAUCCAGAUCUCAUUCCAAAGAAGAUGAUUGUAGAGUUGGACAUGCGUUUGCUGUAUGUCCUCUUUUCUUCCCACAACUCCCCAAUCCCCCUCGUAUGGCUUUGGGAAUCUGGUCUUGACAUGUUUAAGAUGUAUUGUCACCAUCCACCCUAGUGGAAAAACUGGAACACCAUCUCCAGAGGGCGAUUUCCGCCCAGCAGGUGUACGGAGAGAAGAGGGAUAACAUGGUGAUUCCCGUCCCAGAGGCAGAGAGCAACAUCGCCUACUAUGACUCGCUCUACCCUGGAGACUUCAAGAUGCCAAAGCAGCUCAUUCACUUACAGCCUUUCAGUCUGGAUACGGAGCAGCCGGACUAUGAUUUGGACUCAGAGGAUGAGGUUUUUGUGAAUAAGCUGAAAAAGAAGCUGGAGGUGGAGGCCCUGCAGUUCGAGGAGAUGAUUGACAGAUUAGAGAAAGGCAGUGGGCAGCAGUUGGUGACCCUACAGGAAGCGAAGCUUUUACUGAAGGAAGAUGACGAUCUGAUCAGGGAGGUGUUUGAGUACUGGAGCAGGAAGAGGAAACUGUCUAAAAACGGAUCCCUCAUCCCAACCAUCAAGCAGGAAAAGCGGGAUGGAUCCAGUACCAAUGACCCCUACGUGGCCUUCAGGCGCAGGACCGAGAAGAUGCAGACGAGAAAGAACCGCAAGAAUGAUGAGGCGUCUUAUGAGAAGAUGCUCAAACUAAGAAGGGACCUGAGUCGAGCUGUCACCAUCUUAGAGAUGAUCAAGAAGCGAGAAAAGAGCAAACGAGAACUGCUUCACCUCACAUUGGAGGUUGUGGAAAAGAGGAACACCAUGCCAGACUUUGGUUCAGAAGUGAUGGCAGAAGCACUAGCUAUGGUAAAACCUGUUUACAAGAUUCCCAUAAUGCCCUUCUCCAGCAGCAGUCAGUACCGCCACCAGGACCACAUGGACUUCAAAGACUACAAGACCAAGCCUGAAAAGACAGAGGUUGUCAGAACAAAGAGGAAGUACGAGAAGAAGCCCAAAAUCUUGCCUCUGUCCGCCCCAUUGCAUACUGGCCCCUCCCUGUUUAACCCGAAAGACCUCAACCAGUACGACUUCCCCAGCUCUGAUGACGAGCCCUUUUCACAGAUACAUUCUGGGUCGUCAGAGGCCGAGGAAGAGAACGAGCCCGAUGGAGUGUUUGCCUUCAGGCGGAAAGCAGGAUGUGUUUAUCACGCUGCCCGUUUGGAUCAGAGCGGUGACUGGCCCUGGUCUGGGGAAACAGAAGGAGCAUCAUGUGACCCGCGGUUUCGAUACUCCCUCACCUCUCUCACCAUUCCCCGUCGCUGUGUCGGGUUGGCACGGCGUCGGGUGGGGCGGGGUGGCAGGUUUCUUCUGGACCGGGCCUAUUCAGAUUUGAACGGAUUAUUCCAAAGUCUGGACUCAGAGCCGGACAUCUCUUUACCUGCUUCUCCUCUCCAUACAGAAACCACUUCCCAGACUGUUACCUCAACCCACACAUCCUCUUCAUCACAGUCGUCACCCUCUUCCUCUCAUACCACGUAUACAGACCUGAGGCAAAUCCUCCGAAACAUCAAAACGUACCGCUGGAGGCACUUUAAACCACGGACACUAACCAGUCAAUCAGGCGCAGGGGAUGCGCUGUCACGGAGACCGUUUAGGGGGUUGGUCAGGGGCGGUGCAGGGCCGGGUGGCAGUACGCUGGGCAGAACAGCGGGCAUGGGACCACCUGCAGUAGCGUUCACAGCUGAGCAGUAUCAGCAGCACCAAGAACAGCUGGCCCUUAUGCAAAAACAGCAGCUGGAGCAGAUACAACAACAGACCAAUGACACGGGCUCCAGUCAGUCUCUUGUGUCCAAGACGUUGGACUCAGUCAGCGCCCAGUUCGCCGCCUCUGCACUCAUGACGUCUGACCAGCUUUUGACCUUGAAGGUCAAAGAGGAUGGCGUAGGAGGUGGAGUCAACGGUGUCGUCCAAGCUUCAGGCGUUUACAAGGGGUUGAGCAUCUCCGCCACGUCCUCUGCUUCUGUCCUCACUAGCCAACCAACGUCGACCGCUGCUCCGCCCGCCUUUCUUUCCUCCACUAGCAACUCUAACACAAGCACCGCCCACACGGUCCAUAACCCUAUAGGUAACCAUGGCAACAACACAGCCAACUCCACCUCUCAGGUCCUGAUCAGCAACAACCUACGUCUCAGCGUCACCACGCCCUCUAUCGCCAGUCUGAAUGCCCGUCACCUUCCCAGAAGUCUCAGCAACGUGCCACCCGCUGCCUUGAAGCUCGCUGCCGCCAGCAACUGUCAGCUCCCCAAAGUCAACACUGGGGAGAAUCACGAGCAGGAAAAGCAGUCCCUCAACAGUAUAGCAGAGAACACAGUGGCCAUGGAGGUGACGUAGUGACUGGACGACGUUCUUUUUUUCUUUUUCUUUUUUUUCUGCCCAGUCCAGUCUUCUGGUGCUGUGCACCAAUUGGGUUUGGGGAAGCAAAAGGACAGCGGGUUUCCACAGCAACUGUCUGAACGUGACACAAAAUUUUGUCUCUUGUUUUUCUUUAUUUUCACCCCCCUUUUUUAGUUUUUUAACAUAUGCCAUUUCUGUUAAGAAAAGUGAUGUGUAAAUUAAGAAUAUGGCUAAUAUUCAAUGUACAGAACUACAUAUUUGUAGACGCCCACCACCACCCUUGUAUAUACGCUACUUGAAUACAGAACUGUUGAGUUGUGAUGUUUUGCACUUGGGGAAUCAAAAAGAGAAAAAGCGAAUGAGGGGGAGUGUGUGAGUGAACGUGAGGUCAGGUAAAAGUGAGUGUGUGAAUAAUCGUGCAUGGUGAGGAAACCUGCUGUUCUACCUAUUUAUUGUGCUGUGUUUACAAUUAUUUGUUCUUUAUGUUCGUUAUUUUCUCUUUUUUUUCGUACACUGUGCCCCUCAGUUGUUUCCUGUGGUGUUGUAAGUGUUUAGGUAGCUGUCAAUUCCUAAAUUUCCCCGUUUUCAAGUUCGACUGGUUCACGUUGUGAAUCGGAUUGAAUGUUAAUGGUAUCAUGCAAAUUUUUCCCCCCAGAUCAUUUUUAUUUUUAUUUAUUUUAUUUCAUUUUCCCCUCUUCUUCUGGGAGGGAUGGGACAUGUGGGGGACUGAUGCCCUUUAGGUUCAGGGGUUAAUGGGAGGGCAAAUUUUGGGGGGUGGUUAUAGGAAUCUUCCAUUUUUAUCAUCCCAAGUAAGACAAACAAGGGAUGAAGUCUUCACUUUGGGAGCUUCCAAUGCUUCCGGGUCAACUAAGCACUAUUGUUUUGGAUUGUUGUUGUUUUGUUUUUUUAGUUGAUUUUAUUGCUGCUUUUUGUAUAAAUUCAGUUCCUUUUUCAUACGAUGGAAAUUGUUUGGUUUGUCCCCGUUUUUAUUUCUUUGUACAACAGAGUUAUUUUUGUAUCUUGUUUUGCAUUUCUAGCAUUCUGUUCUGUUUUUUUGUUUUCUUGUGGUGAAGCGUCUUUUGCGCUUCUUUAAUGGAAGACUUCAUUCUUUGUUGCUAAAUGUCACGCGCAACGGCCCACCACAGCUGCAUCCGAGUCAUCAUUCCGGUUUAUGAUGUAAGACCAAGAAGGAGCAAAAGAGGUGGAUGCCAAACGAACGUCAUCUCCUUGGCCUUCUCUAAACGCAUUAAUCCAGCAGACUCUGGACUACUUCAAGGCCUGACAAAAACCACAAGUUAAAGGUUGUGCCUUCCUUUGGGAAUGUCCUGCUCAGUCUCUUCCGUGAAGAGGAUGCUCCGAGUCAAGACCGCAGUUUGCUGCGGUACACACUUGUCCGGAGCUCGGAUCUCUGAUGCCCAGUCCACUGGCUGAACUGAAUCAUCCUCCUCCAGGGCUUUUCUAGUCUGAUCUGGAUGGAGGCAAAAAAAGAAAAAAUAUGGAAAAUAUAAAAAAGAAAAAAUAUUAUUGAAUAAGUGAAAAAAAGAUGUGACAAUUCAAACAUGAAUCAGACAAUAAAGCCCAGGUUAUUAUAUGUGAA